AAACUCAGAAAUCCAAAAAACGAUCGAGGUUGGAGUAAAUGGCGCAAGCGGCGAGGCUGAACCUUCGAAUGCAGAGGGAGCUGAAGCUCAUCCUCUCCGACCCGCCUCACGGCGCCUCUUUUCCUUCUCUCUCGUCUUCAUCCUCGCCCUCUCUCUCCUCCAUUGACGCCCAAAUUGAAGGCCCAGAAGGAACUGUGUAUGCUAACGGGAUAUUUAAGCUCAAAAUUCAAAUUCCUGAAAGGUAUCCUUUUCAGCCUCCAGUUGUGACGUUGGUCACACCAAUAUAUCAUCCGAAUAUAGACAAUGGAGGGCGAAUUUGCUUGGAUAUUCUCAAUCUUCCUCCGAAGGGUGCAUGGCAGCCAUCUUUGAAUAUUUCAACUGUUCUAACUAGCAUUGGAUUGUUGUUAAGUGAACCAAACCCUGAUGAUGGCUUAAUGCAUGAUGCGAGUGAGGAAUACAAGUACAAUAGACAAGCUUUUAAUCAUAAGGCGAGAUCCAUGACAGAAAAGUUUGCUAGGGCACAAGCAAGUGAAGAUGCUGGUUCUGUUUCUCACCAAGAAAUUCAAACUCGAAUUAGUCCUGACAUGGAAAAACUGCAGGUUGAGAAUAAGGGACCAGAUGCUUCAAAAUCUAAUGCAAUUCAGUGCUUUCUAAGCCAAAAUAGAUUAUGUGGAGUUAGCAGAAAGUUGUCUCUGGAUUCUUCUGGAUCAAAGCAACAUAGAAUUAGUACUGAGAGAGUAACUGGAUUGCCUGUUCCUUGUCUCUCUGACAAUCAGCUUGAAGCUGGGGCGUUGAAGUACUAUGGAGACAAUACUAAGGAAGCAAAUGAAAUCCCUGCUCAUUAUCUCUUAGACAAUCAUAUUGAAGCUGGAGGGUCAAGGCAGAAGAGAGAUUCUGCUAAGGGAGUUAUUGAAGCUGGACGAUUGAACAAAAAGGCAAUAGGAUUACCCAGUGAGUUCAUCUGA